AUGUACAAGUCGCUUUUGAUCCUCGCUACUGUCGCUGCCCAAGCCUUCGCUGCCCCAGCUGCCGAAGCCGCCCCCGAAGCCAUCCUUCCUACCAACGUGAUCCCGACUAACGUGCUCCCCACCAACAUUAUUCCCUCUGGUGUGAUCCCUACCGGUAUCAUUCCCUCGGGGCUCCCCAUCCCCUCGAAUCUCCCCGGUUUGCCCAACCCUGGUGAUGGUAUUAACGGUUUAAUUGGCACUGUUGGUGACCUCCUCAACAGCAUUCUCUCGUCGUUGCUUAAGCUCUUGGGCGGUAAGCUUGGUAAGCGUGACAACGCUGUCGCGGACCUCCUUGGUUCGCUUGGCCCCCUCAUCCAAGGUCUUUUGCAAAGCGUCGGUAACCUUUUGAACGGCGGCAAGAUUAUCGCUACCCGUGAAGAGGGCGCUGACCAAACUUUGCUUGCCCUCGUUGCCGAGCUCCAAGUGUUGGACAAGUCGCUCAAGGCUUCGCUUUCUGCUGAGAAAGACAAGCGUGACUUUACCGAUAUUGAACAAUCGGCUGCUCGCCUUCAAGCCUUCUUUGCCUAA